UUGUCAGCGUAAUGUUGCCAAUAAUUGUGGCAUCAAUGCGAAACAAAUGGCAUUGGAACUCGCUCAACUUGGUUUAACCGGUGAUAAAAUGUCAAUUCGACAUAAGAAAAAGGUGCGUAAUUGA